CUGUAAAUGUCCCGCACAUUCCAGCAAUUAUGGAUCAAGUGCAGCCAAUGUUUCACAAACCGGUAAAAUGGAAUAUGCUUUUGAGAUGUCCUCUUCAACCGUACGUUUUGGUCCGGGUGUAAGUGCUGAACUUGGCGCGGAUUUACGUAAUGGUGGAGCUAAAUCGGUAUGUGUGGUAACUGAUAAAAAUGUAGCCAAACUACCCAGUGUAAUGACUGCAUUUGAUUCACUUAAAAAAAGUGGCAUAGAAUUUGAAGUUUACGAUGAGACGCGUGUAGAGCCCACCGAUGAAAGUUUAUGGAAAGCGGCAACUUUUGCACGCUCCAAGCAAUUUGAUGCCUUCGUAGCCAUAGGAGGAGGUUCCGUAAUAGAUACUUGCAAGGCGGCAAAUUUAUUCGCGUGUGAUAAGGAAGCAGAAUUUUUGGAUUAUGUUAACAAACCCAUAGGAAAGGGUAAAGAAGUGAAUGUGCCUAAACCUUUAAUUGCAUUACCCACCACAGCGGGAACAGGCUCGGAAACUACCGGAGUAGCAAUAUUCGAUUACAAAAAGCUACACUGCAAAACUGGUAUCUCUAGUAAAUAUUUAAGACCUAAACUGGGUUUGAUUGAUCCCCUACACACUUUGUCACAACCUGAGAGAGUAACCGCCUAUAGUGGUUUUGAUGUAUUUUGUCAUGCUUUGGAAAGUUUUACGGCUGUCGAUUAUAGAGAACGUGGUUUAGCUCCUACCGAUCCCAGCCUUAGACCACCCUAUCAAGGUCGUAAUCCCAUAUCUGAUGUUUGGGCUCGUUAUGCUUUAACUACCAUUAAGGAUAACUUUUUGUCAGCCAUCUAUCAACCGGACAACUUAAAGGCCCGCUCCCAAAUGCAUUUAGCCUCUACCAUGGCUGGCGUAGGUUUUGGCAAUGCGGGUGUACAUUUACCUCAUGGUCUCUCCUAUCCCAUAUCGGGAAAUGUGCGAACUUUCCGCCCUAAAGGUUAUGGUGAUAGUCAUGCCAUUAUACCCCAUGGCCUGUCUGUAGUCAUUACCGCCCCGGCCAUUUUUGAAUUUUUGGCACCUGCCUGUCCCGAACGCCAUCUUGAAGCCGCCAAAUUGCUCGGUAAAGACAUUAGCAAUGCCAAACAAGCCGAUGCCGGCAAAAUUUUAGGUGACUGUGUAAGGGACUACAUGCAAAAGGCGGGCAUAGAAAAUGGUCUUAAAGGUUUAGGUUUCAAUACCGCCGACAUUCCUGCUCUAGUCGAGGGUACUUUGCCGCAAGAGCGUAUUAUAAAAUUAGCACCACGCGAACAGAGUCGUGAACAAUUGGCGAAAUUAUUUGAAAAUUCCAUGGAAAUUUAUUAGAAACUUAAGGAAAUU